AUGGCAAGAUGGCGGCGACCGAGCGCAAAGCCGCGGAGGCUGGUGAACACACUUCCGGCCCCGCUCCCGCCCCAUGUCGCACCUUCCGGCCCGCCCCCUAGGCACGGCGGCGUGGUACGUCGUUGCCAUGACAGCAGUCUGGGGCGCCUGAGAGUUUGGAGGGAUCCCAGGAGUCGCAGGCGCUCUGGGGGAGGUUCCGUGAGCUGGCCAGACACACCGCUGAGGCUGCGACGCCAGAGACAGGGAUGGGAGGGCCGCUUGCGGCCAGCCCUGUACCUGAACCAUGAAGCCAAGAGCCAGAAAGCCAGGCACCAGACCUCACGACCUGGUCCAGGACAUAGUUGCUCACUCCAGCUCUAUGGGCAAACAUCUGUGAGAGGAGCUGUGGAGAUGGCACACCUGCUAGGCAGCCAGGCUUGCAUGGACAGCCUGCGAAAGGACCUCACCGACCUGCAGGGCACCAUUGUGGACGUGUUCUCCCGUUCUGGGCCUGUGCGCUUCCCCUCCUGGAAGUUCCCUGACCGUGUGGCCUGUGAUCUGGACAUGGUGUCCCUUCUGGAGCACUACGACCAUGUGCCAGAUGACCCUGAGUUCACACAGUUGUCUCAUGCUGUGCUGCUGGAGCUGGUCAUUGACAGGUUCUUGGUAUCCAGGUCAAUCCCCCAGAGCUCAAAGCCCCCCAGGUGUAUGAGGACUGUAUCAUCACCAACCUUGGCUCCAGCCCACCCCAGCAACUCUGCCCACAGGCUUCUGCUGCUGCUUCAGAGCUGUGCCUGUUACCUGGAAAACCUCACACUGGAACAGAUGAUUCCCCCUGUCCGGGCUGCAGGGCCAUGCAUGUCCGUGGGGCUCACAGUCCGGCGCUUCUGGAGCAACCUGCUAAGGCUGGGCGUGCUCUAUCAGCAGGCCACCCCCCAGAAAAGAGCAAACCAAGGGGAGAUUCCCAUCGCCAAGCCCACGGCUAAGGGUGAACCAGCCAGGACCCCUGAAUGUAUGACCGCCAAGUUCAUCAAGCCUCCCUCCCCGGUACCAGGCUUGCCUUUGAUCUGCCAAGGGCUGCAGAACGUUCCCGUCAGAGUCUCCCUGCGGAGCCCAGCUGGGACCCCUGAGAGAACCAAGAGCGUCCACACCCAGACCAUCGAGACUGCCCUGGUGCCCUGCGAUGCUUGCACCAGUGUCCAGGGCAGCCUGUGGGAGGUGGGCAAGGUGGUUAUCAGCCUCUGUCAGAGCCAAAACUUGCCCUCAUCCUUGAGCCAGUUUCACAAGUUGGUGCAGGACAGCAUGGGGAUUAAGGCACUGCCAGCUACCACCGUGGGCCACUGGGCGGCCGAGCAGAGCAAAGAUCUGACUCGUCUCAAUAAGCACAUGGGGACCCUCACCCAACUUGUUGGGCCUCUCAGGGCCCAGCUGGAAGAGGCCGAGGGACAGAAGGAUGGACUGAGGAAGCAGGUGGGGAAGCUGGAGCAGACCCUGCUGCAGGAGCAAGGGGAGUGGCAGCAGCAGAGAGAGGAGGCAGAGCGGAACCUGGCCAAGUGCGAGCAUGACAGGCAACAGCUGCUCACAGAAACAUGUGACCUAAAGACAAAGGUGGCCACUCUGGAAGGGGACCUUAAGCAGCAGCAGAAAUCUGUGAAGGCCAUGGAGGCAAAGGCCCAGCAGCUGGAGGAGGAAGGUGAGCGUCGGGCAGCAGCUGAGCAGCAGGUGCAGCAGCUGGAGGAGCAAGUGCAGCUGCUGGCAGGGCGGCUGGAUGGGGCUGGCCAGCAGAUCCGCUGGGCCAGCACAGAGCUGGACAAGGAGAAGGCCCGAGUUGAUAGCAUGGUCCGUCAUCAGGAGUCCCUGCAGGCCAAGCAGAGGACCUUGCUACAGCAGCUGGACUGUCUGGACCAGGAACGGGAAGAGCUGCGGGGGAGUCUGGAGGAGGCUGAGGCCCGGCAGGCUGAGUUGGAGGAACAGCUGCAGAGCCUUCAGAACGAUAAGGAACAGGGACAGUGCCAGCUACAGGCCCAGCAGGAACUGCUGCAGAGCCUGCAGCAGGAGAAACAGGACCUGGAGCAGGUAACUACAGACCUGAAGCUGACCAUCUCAGAGCUGCAACGUGAGUUAGAGGAGCUGAAGGAGCAGCAGCGACUGCUGGUGGCCUUCCCAGACCUGCACCAGCCAAUGGAGGCCCAGAUCCAAAGCUCUGACAAUGUCACCCAAGACAUGGAGAGGCAAGUGCAAGCCAAUGAUAUCCGUAUCCAGGUCCUACAGGAGGAGAACAAGCGGCUCCAGUCAAUGCUGACCAAAAUCCGAGAGGUGGCCCAGCAGGGAGGCCUCAAGAUGGUAUCGCAGAGCCAGCUCUGGUCCCCUUCCUACAAGGGCACUCAGAGAGCAACACCUCCAGCCCAGGCCCAGAGUGCUUCCCCAGGGCCCAUGGGCAGAUGGCAGUCUCCUGGCAGCAGGAUGAGCAGUGCAGGCAGGACUCAUCCAGGCGGGCCCCGGGCAACCCCCCCACGGCAGCCCUGCAGCUGGCCCAGCAAGUCCUCUUUGGAGGACGGAACCCAAUCAGCCGCCUGUGCCCAGAACCCCAUUCGGGCCUUGGCCAGGCUGAGGAGGAAACUCUCACCGAACAGAGGUCAGGCUGGCUCUUCACACCAGCCCCAGGAACAUCCCACAUAGCCCACAGCAGGGGUAGGGCUGGAGGGCAGGUGGCUAGCAACCCCUCAUGGAAUAAAAGCCCCAGCCAUCUGCCCGCAGCGAUCUUGGCCUCAGCGUGGCUGAGCUGAGGGAACAGACCUUCCCUCCUUGUUGGGUAAGGGCCUCUGAAGAUCCCACCAUGCAAGUCACUGGCCCCUAGGGGCCUGGCACUGAAAGGGAGCUUCCUGUUUCCAUCCUGACAGGUGCCGUGGAGAGCACACUGAGGGCAGCACCUGGGCCAAGCAUCCCAUAGAAAGGGCUGAAGGGUAACCCUGGAUUCACUGACCAGCACUCAGAGUAGAGUUUGGGGAGCUAGGGCACAUCUGAAACAAGGAGCCAGAGGCCAGGAGCUUGCCUCUAGUUCAGCAAGGCAGGGAGAGGAGAGCACUGCCUUUGCCUUCCAUUCUGGCUCUGCAUCUGGUGCAGGAGCCAAGCACACCAGGCAGCUCAUGGAGGAGCUCACUCCUUUAGGACAACUGAGAGGUCCCUCUUAAGUCCUAGAGGUCAGAGAGCUGCAAAACCACUGGAGGAAAGUCCAGGCCACUGGACACCUUAGCCACUCAAAGGUUUGAUGAGAAACAGACUUGGGGCUCAACCGGUUCAGGAUGACAAGGGAUCGAGCAAGAACGCUACCAGCCACACUGCACACACAGUGGCCAUUUCUCUAAGCAAGCCACUAGCCCGCCUUGAGUCACCCUAUUUGUGAAGGACAGGCUCUAAAGAUUAACGAGGAUUUCUCAGGCCACACUUGCCUAGCCUUCUGGGUAGCAUUAUUUAUUGUAUGAGGAGGAGGCCAUCAGGUUGAGUGAAGGAUCAAUGGAAGCCACAUGUGCAGUGAGCUGGCACUGUCAGGUCUCCCAACUCUGUUUUUUUUUUGGGGGGGGGGGGGCAGGGAGGAAGGGGGCUUUAAGACAGAGUUUCUCUGUGUAUCCCUGGCUGUCCUGGAACUCAUUCUGUAGACCAGGCUGGCCUUGAACUCACAGAGAUCUGUCUGCCUCUGCCUCCUGAGUGCUGUGCACCACUACCUGGCCCAAAUCUGCUUCUUAACAGCCCAGGCACUGAGUAAUCCCAGUACUCAGGAGGCAGAGUUCUGGAGGAAAUUAGAUGUUCUGAGCUACUCUACCAGGGGAGAGCUAGUUUGGGGCACAGCUCCCUGAGAGAGGCCAUAUCCAAAUCCAGGAGUGAGGCCCUGUGACUGCUGAGCAUCCCAGGCCUCUGCUGACACCGCAUUCAUUAAGUAGCUCUAACUUCUGCCAGUCAGUAGGCCAGACCCUUCCUAGCUAUGUGACACAUACAUGAGGGAGGCUGCAACAGGAGGAUUUAGAGUUUGAGGCCUGUGCUAUACAGUGAGGACCUGGCCAGACGGAUAGACAGAGAACAAUAGGAAACAAGCAGAAAGUCCAGACAUCCAGCUGUUUGACCAGGCCCUCUGCUCAGGUUGCUCAGAGGUGAAAAACCAGGGUGUCACUCAGGAUAUCACCUUUAGAUGGCUCUGGGGAAGAGUCCUCUUACAAGCUCCUGGCUGUGGCAGAGCUUAGGCUGUGGGGCUGAGGUCCCCACUGCCACAUUGCUCUUUCUUGGCCUUUUAUUCACAGUACUCAUCUUCAAGAAGGCACCAGAGCUGGGCAUGAUGGCACUGAGUAAUCCCAGUACUCAGGAGGCAGAGGUGUGAGGAUCUCUUUGAGUUUGAGGCCAGCCUGAUCUACAAUGUAAACUCUAAGAAGCCAGGGUUACAUACAGACCCUGUCUCAAAACGGGGUGGGGAGGCAGACAGCAGAGGAGAACGUCUGUCUCCUACAUGAAACCCCCUUCAGUCCCUGACCUCCUGCUUUCUGUGGGCUCAUGUGUUGGCCAGACACUUUUCUCGUUGUUACUGCUUAGUGUUGGGGGUUGAAUUCAGGACCUUGUGCAUUCUAGGCAAGUGUUCUACCAGUCAGCCAUGACCCCAGCCCUUGCCUUUCUCAUCUGGAAGUCACACAACAUAACCUACUCACAGGGGUUAGGCAUGAUCAUGCAGCAAAGGAGUGCGAGGCUCCGAGGAUGUAAGAACAUCUGCUCCCAGCAAGAGAAGCCAAGGUGAUUGCUAUUUUGUUUGUUUUUCUUCCUGAGAGGAGCCCAGGCUGACUUCAAACUCACUAUGCAGCCAAGGAUGAUCAAGAGCUCAUGGUCCUCUGGCUUCCCUUCCCUCCAAGGGCUAAGGUACAAAAGGAUUACAUGGACUGCCCAGUAGCCUAGUUUGGCCUUAGUUUCUUUUGUUUUGUUUUUGAGACUGGGUCUCUCUGGAGCCCUGGCUGUACUGGAACUUGAUAUGUAGACCAGGCUGGCCUCAAACUCAGAGAAAUGUGCCUGCCUCUGCCUCGUAAGUGCUGGGAUUAAAGGAGUACACCACUACAUUGGCCUUUAACUCUUAAUCCUCCUGCCUCCUCUACCUCCAGGUUUCUGGGAUUACUGGCAUAUGCCACCACAUCCCCACCUCUUGCUCAACAUCUUAAAACAUCCACACAGAUUUAUGUCUUAUGUUAAAAUAUAUUCCAUGUUUAUUUUACUAUUAAAACUUCCCUACCCAAA